UCUUACAUCGUGACGAUGACCACGGGAGAGCUGUUUGAGAGGGUCGUUCAUGGCACCGUGGUUUACGAGAAGAGAGAACUGGAGAAAACCGGGUCGUAUCACAAUGGCCGUGGGAUCGUUCUUAACCAUUUAACAACACGUGGUGAAUGGUGUGUUAUUGUGUUGUGGGUACCAGGAUGCCUGUUAAAAGAAACUGUUAUGUGUUUGUCAUAAAUAAUUGAUGAAUGCCAUAUUCGCCUUCACGCGAAUAGUACUUGAUGUUUACUUCAUGUUCUGCAAACAUUUAAGAUUUGCCUUAUAAAAUUCACUCUUAGGUUAGGAUUGACAGAAGUUAAUUGACAUUAUUUUAAUAUCCUUAUUCAAGGAAAGCGACGACAGAAAAUAUGACUCGUCACAACAACCAGCUUCCUGAUAAUUUACCUCAAUUGCAAAAUUUAAUUAAACGUGAUCCAGCGUCUUAUAGAGAUGAG